UACCGCAUUCAUUUUUCAAUCACAGUUGGAUCUACUUCCAUUGCCGAAUUCGUUACUUCAAAAAAAAAAAAUGAACAAGAAUUUUCUCCAAUUUUUGUUUGCGGUCGUAAGUAUUUCUGUUUGCUUAGCUGGCCGUGUGCCUGUUACGAGCAGAAAAGUUGAAGGGCAUCAUGUUAAGGCACGUGUAAGUGUUGAUCCGCUUUCAGCUCGAUCUUCGUUGGAUAACGAUUUCGAAAGUGGUUUCGAAGAACCCUGGUACGAUAGUUCACCUUCUACCGUUCAUUGGGUUGUUGAGGAUUUUUACACCCCGUUCGAAGUGAGUUAUGCAGCACCUAAACCGUCAGCCGGCACGAAAUAUUUGCGAGCCGUUCGCAACGAUCAACUUGUAUCCGGUCUUCUCAUUCUGCGAACGGUGACCUUCACAGCUCUGCCCGGUGAUGAGAUCGCGUUUAAUUUCUGGAUUCGAUCCAAGUACACUGGAGGGAAUACAUUAGAGUUGGUAAUGGCCAUUGGUGAAACAGAACAAACUUUGGUGUCAUUGACGAGUUAUUCCACUUCGGUCAACUUGGAAUGGCGUCCAAUGAUUGCACCCAUUCCCGUAUCGGAACCAGUGGACCUGACGCUAAUUUUCUAUGCGUUCUGUGGAGGUAACGCAGAGGAUGCGAUUGCCCUUGAUGACAUCGUCUUGCUAUCACCCAAUGCUCCUACCACUGAGCCAACAACAACCACAACACAAACAACGGCCACACCCUUGUCACUGUCCCCAACGACGGCGACAUCUACACCGACGACUCCCCCAGUCGAAGUUUGUGGAGGUAAUUACAAUGAUCCUAGUGGCAUCAUCUCUUCUCCAAACUAUCCGCAACCGUACGGUUUCGACGAGUAUUGUCAAUACAUCAUCCAGGUGGAGGAAGACAAACGUGUCGUGCUGGAUUUCCUUUACUUCAACACCGAAGGUGGAGCUGAUUACGUUACGGUAUAUGAUGGAUUGACAACCACUUCACCUGUUCUGCUACGCGCUAGCGGAUUUCACAGUGAUAUAAUCACCACGACAACCAACAAAUGCUUGGUGGUUCAUUCGUCCGAUUCCCAGAACAGUUUUACCGGCUGGCAGGCAACUUACAGAUCGUCGUGCCCCGCUUCGUUCACUGAUAGCUUCGAUAAGAACCCAGCCCAACUUUACAGUUGGACAAGCAAUUUCGUUAUCGAUAAAUUGUUAUGCGUACGCCAUUGCUUCACACAGUUGGCCAUUUUAGUACAGCGAAUUUGUUCGACGGUUAACGAAAUGAGUGACUUAAUUUUAUUCUUACUGGCCAGCAUCACCAUUGCUGUUUGCUUGGCGAGUCCUGUUCCAGAACAAGAGGCUCACCUGUUGACGCAUAUCGAUCCGAUGGAAGCCAGGGUGUUGUUAAGCAACGAUUUUGAGAGUGGAUUUGAAGAUCCGUGGUACGAUAGCUCGCCAUCUACUGUUCAUUGGAUCAUCGAAGAUUUCAGUGCCCCGACGGAAAACUAUCCGCCUCCUACCCCGUUAAACGGCACGAAAUAUCUACGAGCGACGCGAGAUGUUCAUCUGACGGCUGGCUUACUCGUGUUGCGGACGGUGACGUUUACUGCGCUACCUGGUGACGAGAUUUCGUUCAACUUUUGGAUUCAUUCCAAAUACACCGGUGGCAACACCUUAGAGGUGGCGCUAUCUGUUGAUGGCGUUGAAACUAUUUUUCUGGUACUAUCAAGAUAUUCUUCGCCAGGCAAUGUAGACUGGCGUACAGCGGAUAGUCUUAUUCCAGUGACGGAACCGACGGAGGCAACGUUGAUAUUCUACGCGUUCUGUGGAGGAGAUGCAAUGGAUGCCAUCGCUAUUGAUGACAUUUUCGUUGAAUCAAAUGCCCAUUCUACUCCGACCACUACUCCGACCACUACUCCGACCACUACUCCGACCACUACUCCGACCACUACUCCGACCACUACUCCGACCACUACUCCGACCACUACUCCGACCACUACUCCGACCACUACUCCGACCACUACUCCGACCACUACUCCGACCACUACUCCGACCACUACUCCGACCACUACUCCGACCACUACUCCGACCACUACAACUAUUUUUACAAUUCCAACAGCUCCAUGUGUAGGUUGUUCGACCAGUGCACCCACAGCGACAACCACCGCAACUCCGAUACCCACAACUGUGUUCACUCCUCCAACAGUCCCGUGCAUCGGUGAUGCAUGUCCGACAACCCAAAGCAUCCUGUUGAAAACAAUUGGAAACCGUAGCCAACACGAGCAUGUAGGUCAACUAGCGUCUGGCACAUCAUUAAAUAACGAUUUUGAAAGUGGCUACGAAGAUCCGUGGUACGACAGCUCACCAUCUACUGUCCACUGGGUGGUGGAGGAUGUUGCUGCCCCCGCAGAAGGCUAUGCUCCACCUACACUGUCAGCAGGCUCCAAAUAUCUACGAGCCGUUCGUGACGCCCAAUUCUCUUCCGGUCUUCUCGUACUUCGCACGGUGACAUACACGGCCUCGCCUGGUGACGAGAUUUCAAUUCAUUUUUGGAUUCGAUCGAGAUACACCGGUGGUAAUACUCUGCAGCUCAGCUUGAUUGUUGGGGAUACCGAAACUGUUUUGCUAGACUUGUCUAGUUAUUCCACGUCGGUUAAUUUGGAAUGGCGUUCAAUCUCUUGCGCUAUCCCUGUCGCACAACCGACUGAUGUGACGUUCAUUUUUUACGCCUUUAUUGGUGGAUAUGCAGAGGAUGCUAUCACUAUCGACGAUAUUUUUAUCGAGUCUCAAGAUGCUAGUGCAUCGACAACAAAAUUUACUCCACCAACCAUCCCGUGCGUAGGUGAUGGAUGUCCAUCCACCACCACACCAGCAACCACCACCGUUUCACCAACUACUCCUGAGCCUUGCGGUGGUAGCUACAGUGCAGCUAGCGGUACUAUCUCAUCGCCGCAUUACCCAAAUUCGUAUGGUUUCAAUGAGGAUUGCCGCUACAAAAUUCAAGUGUCGUCCGGCAACCGCGUCAAGUUGGAUUUCAAUAGUUUCAACACGGAGAGUGGUUUCGACUUUGUCACGGUUUACGAUGGUGCAACAGCUGCUUCACCAGUGCUUUUGCGUGUUAGUGGGAUGCGUUCAGAUUUAUCUGUCACUACCACCGGACGUGAUUGCUUGGUAUUGCACACGUCUGAUUCGAAGAACAGUCUAACCGGCUGGCAGGCAAUUUACACAUCUGUGUGAUCGCGGUCCUGUUCACGUUUGUAUUCUUUUUCUCAUUAUUGGCUAGCUGGUUCUCACAAUAAUUUUCUGACGGAGGUAUUACCGCCAUAGGGAUUAUGAUAAUUAAACGGGAUACACAUGCA